AUGUUUGAAUAAUAUUAAUAUUUUAUUAAAAAAUAAAUUGAAAAAUUUUUUAACCUAAAAUAAAAAUAGAUAGAAAUAUUUUAUUAUUGUUUAUAUAUUAUAAAUAUCAUUAAUAUUUUUGUAAGUAAGUAAGUAAAUAAAUAAAUUUAUUAUUUUUUUUAUAUUUAUAAAUAUAAUAUUUUGGUCAUUUAAUAAAUAGUUUAUCAAAAAAAAUAUUUUGGAAUUAAUCCUUAAAUUUGGGUUAAAUUUAUUCAAAUAAAGUAAUUCCUCUAAAAUCAGCAAAAGAGAUUUUACCAACAACAAUCAAAUCUUAUAUUAAUUGCUAUUUAAUACUUUAUCAUAUUAAAUUAUAUAAAUUUGAAGCUUCAAUCUCAUAGUUAUAAAUUAGAAGAACUAUUAGUUUAAAUUUAUUCUAAUUAAAGCAUAAGUAAAGAUACAAUAAAAACGAUAAAUUUAUUAAUUUAUUUGUUUGUUAAUUAUUUAUUUUAAGAGUGUUUUUAUAACUUAUCAAUCUAGCUAAAAUAUACAAAUACAAAUAACCAACUAUUCCAGCCAGACUAACUUACAGAUAUUUUUGGAAGAGAAGCCGAUGAACUCGUAGAAACUAAUUGUAUUAUUUGUAUUAAUAUUAAAAGAAAUUAAUAAAUAUGUACGAUUUUAUCUAAUAUUUAUUUAGUAAAGUUUACUUUGUUUAUUUUAGUAAGAACUUGA